CACGUGACGGCGAGGCUGCCGGUCUCCUCGGAGGGGGACGGAAGUGCGCUGGGGACUCGCCGCGGUGAUGUAGCAGCGUGGGAGGGGCCGAGGCCAGCGCCGUCCAUCCACCGGCCGCCCCGAUCCUGUGGUGAGUCCGCGCGCCGAGCGGCAGAGCGGACGCCCGUGGGCUCGGCAGGAGUGGCCGUACCCUCGGCGGCGCCGCCAUGGACGCAGAGGCGGCGCGCAGCUAUUCUCUGGAGCAAGUUCAAGCUUUGUAUUCAUUUCCAUUUCAACAAAUGAUGGCAGAAGUUCCUAACAUGGCAGUCACGACUGGACAGCAGGUGCCAGCAGUAGCUCCUAACAUGACAACCGUGACUGAACAGCAGGUGCCCGCAGACGCUCCUGCCCAGGAACCUGCACCAGAAGCUCCAAAGAGAAGGAAAAGGAAACCCAGAGCAGCAGAGCCCCAGGAACCAGUGGAGACCAAAAAACCUGCUACGUCAAAGAAAUCCGGCAAGUCCACAAAAUCAAAAGAAAAGCAAGAGAAAAUCACAGACGCGUUUAAAGUGAAAAGGAAAGUGGACCGUUUCAACGGCGUCUCUGAGGCUGAGCUUCUGACCAAGACGCUUCCUGACAUUUUGACCUUCAAUCUGGAUAUUGUGAUCAUUGGCAUUAACCCGGGAUUAAUGGCUGCCUAUAAAGGACAUCACUACCCUGGGCCUGGAAAUCACUUCUGGAAGUGUCUGUUCAUGUCCGGGCUGAGUGAGGUGCAGCUGAAUCACAUGGAUGACCACACCUUACCCGGGAAGUACGGCAUUGGAUUCACCAACAUGGUGGAACGGACGACGCCGGGCAGCAAGGAUCUGUCUAGUAAAGAGUUCCGGGAAGGAGGGCGCAUCCUGGUGCAGAAACUGCAGAAAUACCAGCCACGAAUAGCGGUGUUUAAUGGAAAAUGUAUUUAUGAAAUUUUCAGUAAAGAAGUUUUUGGAGUAAAGGUUAAGAACUUGGAAUUUGGGCUUCAACCCCACAAGAUCCCAGACACAGAAACUCUGUGCUACGUCAUGCCGUCGUCCAGCGCCAGAUGUGCUCAGUUUCCCCGGGCCCAGGACAAAGUUCAUUACUACAUUAAGCUGAAGGACUUGAGAGACCAGCUGAAAGGCAUUGAACGCAACUCGGACAUUCAGGAAGUGCAGUAUACAUUUGACCUGCAGCUUGCUCCGAAUGGGCAGUGGAUGGCACAGUCGUUUGCAGAGCAGAUCCCUUCUUUUAAUAAUUGUGGGACCCGAGAGCAGGAAGAAGAGAGCCACGCUUAGGAAGGGUGCCUCUCAGCUCGGGCUCAGGGCUGCAGUUCUAAUGCAGACCUCAGGACGGAGAACCUCAGUGUGCUAACUGAGGGGCUUUAGUGUUAAUGGUCCUUUACGCUAGUGGUGUAAUUAUAUAUGGAGCAGUUAUAUGGUAGAGUCAACUGUAUGAAUCUGUGUAGUUUGGAAAGGAAAAAUAGGGUGUUUUGUACUUGAGUUUUGUAUUUUAACUACCCAUCAUUCCAGCUUUUUAUAUACUAUAUUUCAUUUAUGAAGAAACUGGUUUUCUCUGAGGAGUCACUUCGAUCUAUAAUUUUAAAAAAGCAACAGUCAGAAUAUUUAUAGUUGAUUCUUCACUGUGCAUACCUAUAUAUGCCCUUAUCCCUUUAAAUGCCUAAGUAGGGCAUACUANUAAGAAUCAAGCUGGUGAAAGGCAGAUGUGCCUGUCUCUGUUGGAAGCAGACUAGCCCUCCGUGGACUCGAAGCUGGAGGUGGACUCAGAACCCUCUGGGUUGCAGUCACGCGCAGACCCCUUACUCUCCCAGUAGUGUGUGUGGCUGUUGCUUGGUAAUAGAAACCUGAUGGGGCCUGAGCCCUGCCGAUGGCCUCUGCCUCUUGUGGNUCCUGAGAAGGCAGUAGAACCUGGACAGUUGCCACCCCUCUGUUUUACUGAAUCCCCCGUCAGUGUUCAUCACUGUUGUGAUUUUUAUCCCGACUUGGAAAGCGCUAAGAAAUGAACUUUCCAGUUAGCCACGCGCUGCUGCAGGUGUUUGAUAACCCUGUUUAAACUGGUGCUGUGUACAUGGGAUGUACUGAUACAGAACUUCUCUUCUAGGGAAAGCUAAUCAUUUGUCAAUGAUGUAAAAAUUAUUGUCACUACUGUUGAUUACUGUGGACUAAGUGAACCUCGUGAAAGAGCUGAUUGGAAUUUGUACCUUUGUGGCUGCUCAUGCAUUUUCCAUGGUGCUACAGACAGCCUGCCAGGGCUGGUGGCUAGGAAACGUGCGUGUUCAGCGAUGCCUAGNGCUCUCACUNCUGAGCACUCUGACUUGGUGCACACCCCUGGUGCAUGCUGGUUUGGCAGUAUGAAAUGCCCACAAGGGUUUUGUAUCUCACAGAGGUUAUGUAGCCUGUUCUGUGAAUAAUGAGGNAAGCAGUUUCUUGGUAGAAAUUUUAACAUGCCUUUAGCUGUGGCAGUGAUGGGCUUUCUUUUUCCUUCGGUCUGGGUCAGGUUGUGCACAAGUCAUGUUAUUUGGAAGGUGCACUGCACUGCUGUUUACAUGGGCAUUUUAUGCGGGUGCUUUGAAGUGCCUUGCAUCAGGGAUUAGGAUCAAUUGAAUUAUUUUUUUCAUGGGACUAUGUAAAGCAUGUAGUAUUGCCUUGGUAUGUAAUGUAGCUUUACCAUGGAGAAAUACCUUUAAAUUAUGACUCUGGAGAGCAGCCAUGAGGACCUCUGUACUUCCUGGUGCUUUUCCUUAACANGGUGGGUGAGUAACGAGUGCGGGGCACCCUGUACAUGACAGGGUGGAGUGUUCUCAUUAAAUAAUACUGAGAUUUUAAACAUG